UGGAUUGCACUGUAAUGACAUAUCACUGUCACUCUUUUGUUUGGAAGCCUAGUGUAUCAGUAUAGUAGGCUAAAUAAUAUGCCUGUCCAUUUUACUUAACUGUACCUACUGUAAAGUUUUUCAUCUUUGCCUCAGUGGUGGUGAUUUGCAUGACUGGAAUUCGUGCUAGGAGUAUAUUUAGGGAUGGGGAAUAUAUUUAGCCCUUCACUAAACACAGAUGCUGUAUACUGUGACACGACUCCAAAGCGUCUAGACACAAUCUGAACGUUGCUUCGUGAUUACAGCUCAUGCAUGGCAAGACUGUUCUGAAUUGUAUCAUCUGUUCAGUUCAGAUUGUAAAGCUAUGUUUACGUGACUUGGUACUGAAGAUUUCAAAAACCACCAUGGAUAAAUACCACAGUGCAGAGUCUCAGAUGACCACGGUUUUGCUGCUGUCUCUUGUGGUGGUGGUCGCAGCAGGAAUAUUCCAGCUGUACAGUGUGAUACUGAAACUGCUGCACAAAACACCUGUGCAAAACAAAGUAGUGCUAAUAACCGAUUCAUUGUCAGCCCUGGGGAAUGAGUGUGCAAAACUCUUCCACAAGCGGGGAGCUCGGCUGAUCCUUUGUGGGAAGAACUGGGAAAAGCUUGAAGCUCUUGCACAACAGCUGGUCAAUGAAUCAGAUCCUAUUUUAACAUUCCCACCAAAGUUAAUAGAGCUGGACUUCACAGACAUGGAGACAUUGCCAGAUGUGAUUUCAGAUGUACUUGACUGUUAUGGCUACCUGGACAUGCUCAUCAUAAACAGCAGCAUGAAAGUGAAGGCACCUGCACAGUCUCUGUCUCUGGAAAUGGACAAGAUGGUUAUGGAUGUCAACUACUUUGGACCAAUCACACUGGUCAAAGGUGUUCUGCCCUCAAUGAUCUCCAGAAGGUCUGGCCACAUUCUCCUGGUCAACAGCAUUCAGGGAAAACUGGCCGUUCCCUUCCGAACAACUUAUGCUGCCUCCAAACAUGCGGUACAAGCCUUCUUCGACUGCUUAAGAGCUGAGGUGCAAGAGUCUGGCAUCUCUGUUAGUACCAUCAGUCAUACCUUCAUAAACGCUGCUCCAACAACCCAGCAUACCACCACAAGCAAUUCCAUCCUGUCAGGUAAAUCCACCUCACAAUCCUCUCAUAAACCAAACACACACACGGUCCCUCUUGACUUUUGUCCAAUUGUCUCCUUCUCAUUGAAAUCUGCAGUCUUAACAGGACAGAAAUCUCAUGGCAUUUCACCAGAGAAGAUGGCCAAUGCAAUACUCCAAGCAUUGGGCAGUAAGAAGAAGGAAAUCAUCAUGGCCCACUCCAUCUCAAAAGCAGCUAUCUACACCCGCUCUCUCUUUCCCAACCUCUUCUUCGCUGUAACGGCAGCAGGAGUACGGAAUGCUGCAGGUGUGGAGCCAGUGCAGUGAAAUGUGACAUUAUUUGAGUUGUAUUCGAAAACAAACCUUUUCUGGAUUUUUUGUUGACAUGGUGGGAAAAAUUAGCAUACUCUUCACUCUGCAAAAUGACAACAUGUUACAAAGUGUUACAAUAUUUGUAGUAAAACAAUUAGCUUUAUGUUUCUGAAUGUGA